UUAAAGGCACCAAUAUGCAAAUCACUAAAUUUCAAUUUAUUUUAAGUUCUGAAGUCAUUGCAUUUUCCGGCAGUUUAUAUUUGGAUGUCACGAUAUUCACAUCGAAAUUGGAGACAAAAAGUGAUAACAAUUUUCGAACAUGUCUAUUGCACAAUUUUAUGCUGGAAAGGAAAUUUUAAUUACCGGAGGAUCAGGUUUCAUUGGCAAAGUUCUGAUAGAAAAGAUUCUGCGCUCCCUGCCGAAUGUUGGGAAAGUUUAUAUUUUAUUACGCAGCAAAAAGGCUAAAAAUGCCAGCCAGCGAUUGGAGGAAAUUUUACAAAUUCCACUCUUCAGACAUGCAAGAGAAGAACAGCCGGAGGCUUUUAAAAAGCUAAUAGCCAUCGAUGGUGAUUGCCAAGAAUUGGGCUUGGGAAUAUCUUCUUUAGAUAUGGUGAAAAUACGGAAUGUCAACAUAAUAUUUCAUGUAGCAGCUACCGUGCGCUUUGAUGACGACAUGAAGACAUCAAUAAUCUUGAACACCCGCGGAACGCAUGAAAUAUUAAAACUUGCUCUAAAUUUACCAAAACUGAAGUCGUUUGUCCAUGUUUCGACAACAUAUUCCCAUCCGAAUUUAAGGGAAGUCGAUGAAAAGAUGUAUGCACCCUACGUAGACUGGCGUACCGCCAUAAAAAUAGCCGAAACAUAUGAUCAGGAAACCUUAAAUAUGCUAUUACCCAAAUUUUCUCCAGAACAUCCCAAUUCAUAUACACUUUCCAAAAAUAUGGCAGAACACAUUGUCGAGGAGUACAGCCACAAAUUACCCGCGGUAAUAUUUCGUCCUUCUAUUGUGGUUAGUAGCUUCAGGGAACCCUUUCCCGGUUGGAUUGACAAUUUCAAUGGUCCCGUUGGAAUGUUUGUAGCCUGCGGUAUUGGUAUUAUGCGUACCAAUCAUGCUGAUCCGGAUAUCAAACUAGAUCUUAUACCUGUGGAUAUGGUGGCAAAAGCACUUUUGGUUACCGGCUAUAAACAUGCGAAGGAGAACGAAAAAGUUCUAAAACUUGGUGGAGAGCUAGAGGUCUACAAUUGUUGUGCAUCGUCGCAAAAACGUUUAACUAUGGCUGACAUAAUUAAUUUGGGCAAAGCAACUGUCUUUGAAAAUCCCUAUGAGAAAUGCAUUUGGCUACCGGAGGGUUCAGUAACAAGAUGUGUCUUUUGGCAUUACCUUCGGUUCUUUGGAUUGCAGGUGCUACCGGCUAUUUUGUUGGACUGCCUUAUUCGUUUGUCAGGACAUCCGCCAGUAUUAAUGAGACUUCAGAGACGCAUCAAAAGUACCGCGCACAUUCUUAAUGUUUUUAGCAACACCGAAUGGCAAUUUAACAAUGACAAAUUAAAAUCAUUGGAAAAUCUUAUUGGAGAUGAUGAACGUUCUGUGUUUACAUUUAUGGACUAUUGUUCUGCGGAUAUGGCAAAAUACAUGUGGAAUUCUUCUAAAGGUGCCAAGGAGUUUUUACUCAAAGAAAGCCCCAUUUCUUCGACUGCAGCUCGUGUACGUGUUAGAAUAUAUUGGGUUUUACACCAUACAAUUCAAUAUAUCGGACUUUAUUAUAUUAUAAAAAAGUUGUUAAGGUUACUUUAUAAAAUGAUUGUGGAAUAAAACCCAUGGAAAUUGGUCGACAACAUAUAAAAA